ACGGAGACAUCGAGGGCCCCACAGCUGGAGCAGAUGUGGCUGUUAUUGGAGGUGUGAUUGCUGCAGUGGUAUUUGUCCUCAUUUGCCUGCUGGUGGUGAUGGUCCGGUACAUGUACAGGCAUAAGGGCACUUACCACACCAACGAGGCAAAAGGAACUGAGUUUGCCGAAAGCGCAGAUGCCGCUUUGAAAAACGACCCCGCUCUCCAGGAAGCAGUGGAUGAGAGCAAAAAGGAAUAUUUCAUCUGAGAGGCAAGGAUUUCCAUGGAGACUUCCCCAAGGGAAUCAAUCAGAAAUGCUACAUCAACAGAAGUGCUAAGAGAUGCAUAAUAUGAGGAUACAGCAAGCAUCCUAAUUCAAAAGUAUCUCUUUACUGUUUUUGUCACUGGGUUGUUUCUUUUCCUCUACUGGUGGAGGAUUAAAUGCCAGAUACUUGCCUGUUGAUUUUAUUAGCAACACAGCUGGUCACAGUUUAAUCAAUAUCAGAUAAGAAGAAACAAAAUCUCAGUAUGUGAUACACCAAAACCAGAUAAAGACAGCAAAUGUCAAGCCUUGACAUUUGGUGAAAAUAGCAGAUGCCAAUGGAAAACAUCCUCUUAGAGUUAAUGAUACAUCCUAUGCUGAUAUGAUACAGAACUACCUGAAAUUGAAUUUCAAGUGGUCACAGAACAAAUAUUAAACUAGAUAAAGCUGAUGUAGCUGGAACAAAAAUAGCUUUGUAGCCCAAAUACCUCCCCACUCCCCUUAAAUGUGCAAUUUU